UUCUUCUUCACCUUCUUCUUCUCCUUCUUUUCUUUCGUAUUCUUUCUCAUAAUCUUUCCUCUUGUUCUUUGAAUCCUCAUCAUUCCCUUCCUCCCAGCUCGCUGGGCUGGCCGAUCGAUCACUAAGUGACGUGCGUCAAUCAAUCUUUCACCAGCAGCACUGUACUUCGAAUAUCAAGGUCAUGGCGAUUGUCAUUCAUUACAUUGCGUACGCCUUAGGCAGACUGCUUUAUCCCAUUCGUGGCCAUGAUUCUAGGCAGAUAAUCAAUAGUCCUGCGUUCGUCGACCUUCCAGAAGAAAGCAUCAUCCUAGAGGCGUCUGAGUGCGGUCAUUCCGGCUCUUCGCUGGAACCCCAGCAUACCUGUCUUGCUGAGGAUGGCAGAGGCAGACUCCCAGAGCUAUCCUGGAAAACUCCUUCCGACAUCGAAGUCAAGGAAUACAUUGUGACUUGCGAGGACCUUGAUGCCCCUAUUCCGUUAUAUAUCAUUACUCAUGGCCUCUUCUUUGGAAUUCCAGCUACGGUCACCAAAAUAUUCCAUGACGAUAUUGAACACGACAAAGACUCUGCUGGACGACGCACUCUGUCCGGCUGGGGGUACAUUCCCAACAUGCUCGGUACCCCAUACAUCGGUGCUGCCGCUCCCUUGGGUCACGGAGCCCACCGUUACGUCUUUACCGUUAUUGCUCUGAACGAGUCUCUUCAUUUUGACCAUCCAGAGCGAGUCAGCAAGAGCCAGAUUAAGGAAGCAAUAGUUGGCAAAGUUACUGGAUGGGGUCAGUGGAUCGGAACCUUCGAGCGCCCUUGGCCACAUAAAUGACCAGUAUUCUUCCUUUUAUGAUAGCUUAUGAAGGGCCAGGCUCGAGAGAUAUUCAAUCAAAUGGAGACUGGAACACCAAUCAGGGAGUUGUUUAUUCUUUCUUUUUCAUCUUUUUGUGCGCCUUUAAUCACCCUCUGCGUCUUCCAUCCCUAGGCUAACAUGUAUUUCUCUAUUGACUCGCAAAGAAAGAAGAAAAAGAGCGUGAAACUGAUUACUAUUCCCU